UCUGCUUCAUUUUGCACAGCUGCAGCCUGCGGACCGAGCGGACACAACGGAGCCAACAAGAGUUGGAUUGCGAUCUGAGCUGACAGAGUCUAUUUGACAUUGGGAUCGACAAGGCUAUUGUUGUCUUUGCAGCCUUUAUCGUCUUCAACGUAACUCGGGACUGAAGAGGACAGCAUAUAGCAGUAAAGUCGUCAGUCUGGUCACCGUUAGCGAUUUGAUAACCGGCUAGCUAGCUAACAGUUAGCCAGCGCGCAGCAAGUUAGCCACUUCUGCGCAUUAGCUAGCUAGCCAGGGUGUUUGUUAUUGAAUAGGGCUGUUGGAAGACGCCGUUCACAGUGUUGCAGCGAAGUGCAUCGACGAAUCGGAACGUGGUCGACGUGCUGGUCGGCGCGUUAGCCCAUUGCAGUGCCUCCUAACAGCGGGCUAGGAUAUGAGAAAGAAUGAGUCAAAGGGACACCCUGGUUCAUCUCUUUGCUGGAGGCUGUGGGGGCACAGUGGGUGCUAUCCUGACGUGCCCACUGGAGGUGGUGAAGACCAGGCUCCAGUCAUCCUCCGUCACCACCUUCUACGUGUCUGAGGUGCAGCUCAGCGGCGUCAACGGGGCCAGCGUGGCCCGCAUGUCCCCCCCAGGUCCCCUGCACUGCCUCAAGUUAAUAUUGCAGAAAGAAGGACCUCGAUCACUCUUUAGAGGUCUGGGGCCUAACCUUGUGGGCGUGGCUCCUUCUAGAGCCAUAUAUUUUGCCGCCUACUCGACAGCGAAGGAGAAACUAAAUGGCGUGUUCGAGCCCGACUCCACACAGGUGCACAUGGUCUCGGCCGCCUUAGCAGGGUUUACAGCAAUUACAGCAACCAAUCCAAUCUGGCUUAUCAAGACCCGCUUGCAACUUGAUGCCAGGAACCGAGGUGAGCGUCACAUGAGUGCAUUUGACUGUGUCCGACGGGUGUACCAGGCAGACGGGAUCCGGGGAUUCUACAGGGGCAUGUCAGCAUCCUAUGCUGGCAUCUCAGAGACUGUCAUCCAUUUUGUGAUAUACGAGAGCAUCAAACGCAAGCUGCUGGAGUCCAAGGUCCAGGCCAACAUGGACGAGGAGGAGGAGGUGGUGAAGGACGCAUCAGACUUCGUAGGGAUGAUGCUGGCAGCAGCCACAUCCAAAACCUGUGCCACCUCUAUUGCUUAUCCACAUGAGGUGAUCCGCACUAGACUUCGAGAGGAGGGUAGCAAGUACCGCUCCUUCUUUCAGACUUUUGGCAUGGUGAUACGUGAGGAGGGCUACCGCGCCCUCUACCGUGGUCUUACUACCCAUCUGGUCCGGCAGAUACCCAACACCGCCAUCAUGAUGUCCACCUACGAACUGGUGGUCUACCUGCUGAACGGUUAACCCCCCCC